UGCGCCUUCCUCUUUCUCCCCGGGGCACGUGUAAUGGGGGACAUGUCACUUUGCUGUGCAAAGGGAAGGAAACUUUCUCACCCACCAAGAGUCUCCGGAUAUUUUUGAACGGCGGAAGAGUUAUAAACUGAACCGCAGUUUGAAGGAUGUCUCAUGAUCUUGCUCCUGGAGGAGGCGGGGGCCCCUAGCAACUCUCCCAGCCCCCAUUUAAAAAACCGCAGCUGGAGAAACUCCUCCCUUCCCCUUUGGUUCCCCCACCCCCUUUUCCCCCAGUUCCUGAGGGUUUGAAAACAAGCCCAGAUUGGCUGCUGGUGGUGGACAGUGGUGGGAGGUGGAAGAGGAGCCUUGCUUGGGAGCCAUCCUCUGGAGUCAAGCCUUGUUGAGCGGGAUGGGAAGCACUGCCAUGGACACCAAGAAGAAAGAUGCUUCCAGCAGCGGCAGCAGGAAAGGCUCCAGCCAGAGGAGACGCAUGUUGCGAGUGCACAUCCCGGAUCUUAGCUCAUUUGCCAUGCCAUUCCUGGAUGGAGAUGUGGAGAGCUCAGACAAAAGUGCUUCUCGAAAGGUGGAAGAGAGCUACCAUACGGGCAGCCCUUCGAAAGGCCUUUUCUCAAAAGGGCUCCAAAAUCGACCUUCCAGCCCCGUUUCUGCUCCUGUGAGAUCUAAACAUAGCCCAGGUUCACCAAAAACAGUGUUCCCCUUCCCAUAUCAGGAGUCUCCCCCACGCUCCCCACGCCGAAUGAGCUUCAGUGGGAUCUUCAGGUCCUCUUCCAAAGAAUCCUCUCCCAGUUCUAACCCGUGUACCUCGCCCGGUGGCAUCAAGUUUUUCUCCAGAUCAAGAAAAACCUCCGGCCUCUCCUCUUCUCCAUCUACCCCAACACAAGUGACCAAGCAGCCUCCAUUUCCUCUUGAAUCCUAUAAACAUGAACCUGAGAGACUAGAAACCCGGAUUCACUCUUCUCCUCCGGACACAGGGCAGAGGUUUACUCUGCCUCCACCCCAAAAUGCAGCCAAGCCUCCCAUGGUGAUGCCAACUCCCUGUGCUACCUCAAAAACAGCGGCGGCAGCGGCAGCAGCUGCGGCGGCUCCGGCUUCUCCUCAGCCCCCGGCCGCCUCCGAAGGGAUGCUGGAGAAACUAGAGCUCGACGAUGAAGCAUCUGAAGAAUCGGAAAGUGACAUCUACAUGCGAUUCAUGAAGUCUAACAAGUGUUAUGACAUAGUUCCUACAAGUUCUAAGCUUGUUGUUUUUGACACUACAUUACAAGUAAAGAAGGCUUUCUUUGCCUUGGUGGCAAAUGGUGUUCGAGCAGCUCCACUGUGGGAGAGUAAAAAACAGAGUUUUGUAGGAAUGUUAACAAUUACAGAUUUCAUUAAUAUACUGCAUAGAUACUAUAAGUCUCCAAUGGUUCAGAUCUAUGAAUUGGAGGAGCACAAGAUUGAAACAUGGAGGGAGCUUUAUUUACAAGAAACUUUUAAGCCUUUAGUGAACAUCUCCCCGGAUGCAAGCCUUUUUGAUGCUGUAUAUUCAUUGAUCAAAAACAAAAUCCACAGAUUGCCAGUUAUUGAUCCUGUCAGUGGGAAUGCACUUUAUAUACUUACCCAUAAAAGAAUCCUCAAGUUCCUCCAGCUUUUUGUGUCAGAAAUGCCAAAGCCUGCCUUUAUGAAGAAGAACCUGGAUGAACUUGGGAUAGGAACUUAUCACAACAUUGCCUUCAUACAUCCAGACACUCCUAUUAUUAAAGCCUUGAACAUAUUUGUAGACAGAAGGAUAUCUGCAUUACCAGUUGUAGAUGAGUCAGGAAAAGUUGUAGAUAUUUAUUCCAAAUUUGAUGUAAUAAACCUGGCUGCUGAAAAAACCUAUAAUAAUCUAGAUAUCACAGUAACGCAAGCCCUCCAGCACCGUUCUCAGUAUUUUGAAGGUGUUGUGAAGUGCAGUAAGCUGGAAACACUGGAGACCAUUGUUGAUAGAAUAGUGAAGGCUGAGGUUCAUCGUCUGGUAGUAGUGAAUGAAGCAGAUAGCAUUGUGGGUAUCAUCUCCCUCUCUGACAUUCUACAAGCAUUGGUGCUCACGCCAGCAGGUGCCAAACAAAAGGAGAGUGAAACUGAGUGACUGCUGUGAAU